AUGAGGGAGUACUAUGCGUACCGGUUGCAAAACCGUCAAGGUGAAGGAAAUACUUUGAUAUAUGGUGGCCGCUUAUUUCAGCAGUUUGUUGUUGAUGCAUACAUAUGUAUUGAAGGAAUGCGGCUUAUGUGGGUAAGACGUAACCAAAGUGCAUUGAUGAUUGAAUUGUAUAAUGGAUUGAGGGAUGCAGUUAUGAGGGGAGAUAUCACACCUGCUUCUAUUGGGAAAAGAAUUGUUUUACCUUCGACUUUCACGGGAAGCCCAAGAUAUAUGAUUGAGAAUUAUCAAGAUGCAAUGACAAUUUGUAGAUGGGCAGGCUAUCCUGAUUUAUUUAUUACUUUCACUUGCAAUGCGAAAUGGCCGGAGAUUAAAAGCUUUCUAUCUAUGAAUCUUGAUCAGAAACCUGAGGAUCAGCCUGAUAUACUUGCAAGAGUCUUUAAGAUCAAGCUCGAUCAGCUAUUAUAUGACUUAAAGCAUGGCCGACACUUUGGGAGAUUACUAGCUGUUGUCUAUACUAUUGAAUACCAAAAGAGAGGAUUGCCUCAUGCUCAUAUAUUGCUUUUUCUACAUCCUGAGAACAAACAUCCAACACCAAUAGAAAUAGAUAGGAUAAUCUCAACAGAAGUUCCAGAUUUGAACAAAGAUCCUCAAGCUUAUGAUGUUGUCAAACAAUUUAUGGUACAUGCUCCUUACGGCUCUAUAAAUCCAAAAUCAAGUUGUAUGAUUGGCAACAAAUGUAGCAAGCAUUUUCCAAAGAGAUUUUACUCUGAAACUACAAUUGAUGAAGAUGGCUUUCCAGUGUAUAAAAGGAGGAACAAUGGAAGAUUUGUUGAAAAAAAUAGUGUCAAACUUGACAAUCGAUUUAUAGUUCCUCACAAUAUUGACUUACUGGUGAAAUAUCAGUCACAUAUAAAUGUUGAAUGGUGCAAUCGUUCAAGGUCUAUCAAGUACUUAUUAAAAUAUAUAAAUAAAGGACCUGAUCGUGCAACUUUAAUUCUUGAAGAAAAUCUACAUGUCGAUGGAUCUACUGGAAUGCAACAUGCGAUAGAUAUUGAUGAAAUAAAAGCAUAUUUAGCUUGCAGAUAUGUGUCGGCUAUAGAGGCAUGUUGGAGAAUCUUUCAGAUUGAAAUCCAUUAUCGAGAACCUACAGUUGAGAGACUGAAUUUUCAUCUUGAAAAUGAACAACUAGUCAUGUUUGAUGAUUUGGAUUAUUUAGUUAUUGUUUUGAAUCAGCCGAAUAUUAGAAGGACUAAAUUUACUGAAUGGAUGAAAACAAAUGCUUUGUAUGAAGAAGCAAGAGAAUUGACUUAUUCUGAUUUCCCUUCCAAAUGGGUUUGGCAUAACAAAGACAAGGAAUGGAAAUUGAGGAAGCAAAGAAUAUGUGUAGGACGGAUAUUUUACUCUCAUCCUGAAAGUGGUGAACGAUUUUAUUUGCGAAUGUUACUUAACAUUGUUAAAGGACCUCGGUCUUUUGAGGAAAUAAGAACUGUAAAUAGUGUGUUGUACCCAUCUUUCAAGUUAGCAUGUUACGCUCUUGGUUUGCUUGAUGAUGAUAAAGAGUGGCAUGAAGCUUUAAAUCAUGCAUCAUAUUGGGCUUCAAGGAAGCAACUUUGUGAACUUUUUGCAACAAUGUUGAUUUUUUGUGAGGUUCCUGACCCUUACAAAUUAUGGAUUUCAAAUUGGAAAUUGUUAUCUGAAGAUAUUCUGCAGUGA